AUGGCCGCUACUGCGCUUGACCAUCUCAGCCUCGGAGGCAAGAUUCAGUGGCUCGCUCAGCUCAACACUGAGUUCCAACCCGCUCGCGAGUUCCGCCGCACUUCCAUUAUCUGCACCAUUGGCCCCAAGACCAACUCGGUCGAGGCCAUCAACAAGCUCCGCGAUGCUGGUCUUAACGUUGUCCGCAUGAACUUCUCCCACGGCAGCUACGAGUAUCACCAGUCCGUCAUUGACAAUGCUCGCGAGGCUGAGAGGGUCCAGGCUGGCCGUCCUAUUGCCAUUGCCCUUGACACCAAGGGCCCUGAGAUCCGUACCGGCAACACCAAGAACGAUGAGGAUCUUCCCAUCUCCGCCGGUGCCAUCCUCAACAUCACCACCGAUGAGCGGUACAAGACUGAGUGCACUACUGAGAACAUGUACGUCGACUAUGAGAACAUCACCAAGGUCAUUGCUCCCGGCCGUGUCAUCUACGUCGACGAUGGUGUCCUCGCUUUCGAGGUUCUCGAGAUUGUCGAUGAUAAGACCAUCAAGGUCAAGGCCCGCAACAACGGCUUCAUCUCCUCCCGCAAGGGCGUCAACCUUCCCAACACCGAUGUCGAUCUCCCUGCUCUUUCCGAGAAGGAUAAGGCCGAUCUCAGGUUCGGUGUCAAGAACAAGGUCGACAUGGUCUUUGCUUCGUUCAUCCGUCGCGGCCAGGACAUCAAGGACAUCCGUGAGGUCCUCGGCGAGGAGGGCAAGAACAUUCAGAUCGUUGCCAAGAUCGAGAACAGGCAGGGUCUCAACAACUUCGCUGAGAUUCUCAAGGAGACCGACGGUGUCAUGGUUGCCCGUGGUGACUUGGGUAUCGAGAUUCCCGCCGCCGAGGUGUUCGCUGCCCAGAAGAAGAUCAUUGCCAUGUGCAACAUUGCCGGCAAGCCCGUCAUCUGCGCUACCCAGAUGCUCGAGUCCAUGAUCAAGAACCCCAGACCCACCAGAGCCGAGAUCAGCGAUGUCGGUAACGCUGUUACCGAUGGUGCUGACUGCGUCAUGCUUUCUGGUGAGACCGCCAAGGGUGCUUACCCCAACGAGGCCGUCCGUGAGAUGAGCGAGGCCGUCCUCAAGGCCGAGAACACCAUCCCCUACGUCAGCCACUUCGAGGAGCUUUGCAGCUUGGCCAAGCGCCCCGUCUCCAUUGCCGAGUCUUGCGCCAUGGCCUCUGUCCGCGCCUCCCUCGACCUUAACGCCGCUGUCAUCCUCGUUCUCUCCACCUCCGGCGAGUCCGCUCGUCUCAUCUCCAAGUACCGCCCUGUGUGCCCCAUUAUCAUGAUCACCAGGAACGAUACUGCUUCGAGAUACGCCCAUCUUUACCGUGGUGUCUACCCCUUCCUUUUCCCCGAGUCCAAGCCUGACUUUAGCAAGGUCAACUGGCAGGAGGAUGUUGAUCGCCGCAUCAAGUGGGGUAUCGGCCACGCCAUGGCCCUCAACGUUCUCAACGAGGGCGAGACCGUUGUCGUUGUUCAGGGCUGGAAGGGUGGUAUGGGUAACACCAACACCUUCCGUAUCGUUAAGGCCGAUGUCAACCACCUUGGUCUUGGCCAGCGUUAA